AUGGCGGCCAAUCGCGGCGACGAGCUCCCGCUCUUCCUCUCGUACGCAACCUUUGCCAACGUUGUGCGGCAGCAGUACAUUCGGCAAUGGCAUGCGCCCAUGCACGCCCUCUACGCUUCGUACGCUGACGCGCUCACCGCCCUUCUCGACCGCGCUGUAGCGUCCAGCACAAGUGUGGGUCCGCUGCAGCGGCAUAUCAAAGCGGUCGCCACGGACGUCGUGGCAUCGCUUGGCCGAGAGAUGGAAAAGACGUUGCAGGAAGCCCUCGCGAUGGAAGGACGGCCGUACACGGUGAACUCGGACGUGGUUGCUGCGUUCCAAACUCAGCGGUCGACGCCGCUGCUGUCGGCCCUAGACGCGCUUGCAGCCGAGACCGACGACGGACGCGUCUCAAUGGGCGCGGUCAAGGCUCUGGUGCAACUCCAUGCGAUGACCCACGAGUCACUCGACGACCUCCAGGCGCGCGACCUGCUCUGGGCGCUGCAAGCGUAUCUGCAGGUGGCCGCCAAGCGCUUCAGCGACAAGAUCCCGAUGCUGCUCCAAGCGCGCUUCUUGGCGCCGUUCAUGACCGAGCUCCGACAUCGACUGGCGACGACAGAGGCCACCGAUGCGGUCCUCGAACGGCUUUUGCGCGACGGAAACGCCACUGCCCGCGCCGAGCUCUCGGCCAAACUGCUCGCGCUCCAGCAGGCCAAGGCCGAGAUGCACGCUAUCGUCUGA